AUGGAGUUCAUGCCGGACGCCACGAGGUCGGGUAGGUGGAAUGCGCCUUGGGAGCGAUGGCAAGAACAGCCACAAAGCCUGGAGGUGGAUUGGUAUGAGCCGGCUAGGUCCCAUGACGAAGCGUAUGUGCCUGAUUUUCCAGAACAAUCCGAAGAGUUCCAUCUGCCUCCAACAGAAGGCGCCGAGUGUGAACUUCCCCAGGGGGAUGAGCCACCGGAGGGCCAGUGGGGUGAGGAAACAAAUGAGAAUUUCAACUCUUGGUCCAUUGCCGGAAGUUCCACCGAGGUUGGACCAGAGAAUAAUAUCGUUGCGGGAGGGGACGCAAGGGCUGCUCCGGAAGAUGAAUGCGUUGGGUCUUCGUCUUCGGAUGAGGCAAGCGAAUGCGAGGCCCCCAGAAAUUUUCUUGCGAGGCUCGAAGUGCCGGCGCCACCAGAUGGCAUGCGCUUCUUGAGGCAUGCAAACAGUAGAGUGGGCCAUAUCAUCAAGAUUGAGCACAAACAUCGCUUCCAGUGUGGAAGAAUGGUCACAAGUGCCUAUGGCCCACCUGGGGAUUUGCAGUAUGAUACUUCGGCGCAGGGAGUCACUACUUCCAGACAGAUGGCAUUUUGCGCGGGCAGUCCGAAUCAGUCACCCACAGAUGAUGCUGUGAAGAAUCUUGCGGAAAAGGUUGACGCCACUCCGGAAGGGGCUUCGGCCACCAUUGGUCAGGUGGCAAACAUGCGGAUGCUCCUUUUCGAACGUGCUAGAUUAGUCACAGCUCAUGUGAAAACCCAAGCCACUGCAGACGAUGCAGAUGUGACGGGCCGCAAGCUGCCUCACGUGGAGAAGCAAGCCAGACUAGUGGAGCAGCGCAAGAGGCUAGUGGGGGUCCUCGUUGAGGGUGAGACCCAGCCUAGUUACGCGCUGGUGGACAUGUGCCAGCUGAUUUCAGAGAGCAAUUCCAUAACUUGGAUUUCGCCAGCCAAGUGCACAAAAAGGGAUGUGGAGAUGCAAAUGUUGGGGAAAGAGAAGACGUCUUUGGUCCAAGCCGAGACGGGGGCCCUUAGACUCAGCACAGCUGCCAAGGUGCCAGAAGCGGAGCACGAGCAUGAUCUGUACACGCAGACCCUCAUGGCAUAUCUGAACACCGAGCCAGCUGCUGGCAUGCCCAGAGUUUCAGUCGCACAGGUGAUUCGUGCGGACAGAGAGGUGUGGACGAUCAUGAAUCGGGAAAUCCAGCCUCCAGUGACCGCCAAGAACGCUUCAGGUGUUCCCGUCAUGGCAGAGGCGUUAUCAAGGCCGGCCAGCAAGGCCAAAGCAAAGGCUGGAAAGCAUAAGCAAGCCUCUUCCAUGAUCCCGGAGUCAUUGAAGGGAAGCACGUGUCGCAUCAAAGAGGGUGCGUCAAAGGUUUCCACGUGUGUGCGUACUGCCAUAAAGCAGGACACAGCUUUACGCAUUGUCGCCAGAGGGGUGCCUUUGUACAUGGGGGACUAUGUGGUCUUAGAGGGAGAGGUGCGGGCGGAGGGCCAGGGUUCGGAAACAAAGCAUAUCAAUGGCAAGGAUGUGACUGGAGGUGUCCUUCCGUGGAAGCGUGUGGUCAUUGCAGCGUUCACCAUACGAAAUCUUGAGAAGCUGUCGCCUCAGUCCCUGAAGCAGCUGUGCGUGGUCUUCAUCUUCGUCGAGCAGCAAACGUGUGCAAGUGCAGAGUCCGAGAAAGACAACAUCCUGCUCCUUUGGAUCGCUCCUCCAUGCGGCACAGCGAGCCGAGCGCGUGAGAAGCCGUUGCCAUCCUUCGUAAAAGCGGGCCUGAAAGUUCCGGUGCCUCUUCGCAAUGACGCCUUUCCAGAUGGACUGGGCAAAUUGUCUGCUACAGACAAGCAAAGGGUCGAGGAAUCAAACCAAUUGUAUGAACAAGUGACUGCCAUUGUUCGUGAGGCACUGAAGCUUCAGCUGCACGUCGCAAUUGAGAACCCGACCAACUCCCUUGACUGGGAGACCUCUUUCUCUGCUCCUCUCAAGGAGGUCUUGCAUGCAUUUUACGUCACUUUCCACAACUGUGGGAGUGCCGUCCCCACCGGGCGAGUUCCUGAAAAGGGCGGUGGCUGCAGGGCCAUCCUGGGACGCUGGACGCGGCCGAGCUCGAGGAAGCAGAGGAGCAGUUGCACAGGUCCCUCCCACCGCAUCUUCAGGAAACACUUCGAGGAAAGCGCCUACUCCUCUGGGAAGAGAAACCAAGAGUGCCGUUUCCCGGACACCAAUCUAAUUCAGGAUAUAAAGAAGGGCUUCAAUCUUACGGGUUGGCUUGAGCAAGGUGGCUUGUUCGAGCCGAAGGUUCGUGCCCCGGAUUUUGAUGUCAGCACCUUGAAAAAGAUGGCACGGGGCCUCAAUGCCCAUACUUUGGAGCGCCUUAGCAACAGGCAAGAUCCAGUUUUGGAGGAGAAAACUUGGUCGGAGUCUUGCGAGGAGCUGCAAAAGGGUUGGAUGUUCCGCGACGAGCAUGUUGACCAAGCCAAGCAAUGCACAGGGAUGCGAUUUGGCAUACUGCAGGGUUCUGCCGGGAAACUCCGUGUCAUAGACGACCUAUCGGUGUGCGGCAUAAACGGGGCCGCUGGUCUUAAAGAGGCUUUUCAACUUCACACGGCGGACCGGGACCUAGUGCGCAUAGCCGUGAACGAACCGGGCAAAAGCUCCCCUACCUUCCUGGGCAUAAACGCGCUGCCCUUCGGAGCUGCUGGUUCCGAAAUCACCGAGGAGGUCCAGGGCAUCCUGACGGCAGAUAGGCUCAUUGCAAAGCAGUCCGAGCAAUUGCGAGGGCGGAUGUGCUUCUUUGAGGGGUUCGUCUUCGGCAGAGUCCCAAGCACGGCGCUUAGGUGCAUGGACCGUGCGGCAAGGUCGGGCGCCACCAAAGGUUGUUUGGCUGCCGAUGUUAUACGUGCUCUGCAUGCACUGCUUGAUCGCCUAGCCACAGCUCGUCCGUUGGAGUUGAGUUACAAGUCGGAGCGGACUUUCAUUCUCUUCACCGACGGGGCGUGUGAGGGUCAUCCCAAGGUGGGUUCCAUAGGGGGAGUUGUAAUAGGUUUACACGGGGAGCCCAUUUCAUUCUUUUCAGAACGUCUGCCGGACAGCUUCAUGCAGGCGCUGAGUGAAAACUCGGAAAAUCCAAUAUUCGAGUUGGAAUUGCUGCCUGUUCUUGCUUCCUACAUGAUCUGGAGGGAGUGGAUAAGGCACUCCCAGAUCGUGAUUUACAUCGACAAUACUGGGGCCAAGGAUGUCUUGCAAGCCGCCACCGGGGGUCACGGCCUCGGCCAUUUGAUCUUGUGUGAGUGUCUCAAAGACGAGAACUUGCUGGGCUUAAAGCCGUGGUUCAGCAGGGUUCCUUCCUUUUCUAACUUGGCAGAUGCGCCGAGCAGAGGAGAUGUGCAUGCCUUGCUUGCCUCCGGCUGCUCUUGGAUGCGAGUCCAGUGGGAAGACGUUCUAAAGCGUGUGCUCUCAGAGGGGGCAUAG